AUGACUUCUCCUAAACCAAAGCUAAACCUCAAGUCUGGAAGUGCUUCAGAAGAAACUAAAUUCCACAAACUCACUAUUUCAGAGCUCACUUCACGUCUGCAUAAAGCUCAACAAAAAAUUUCUAGUGACAACACAACAAAAAAACCUGCAACUUCUGUUGUCUCUCCUAGAAAUUCUCUAAAGUCUGCUGUGAGCCCAUCAACAAAAGCUUCCCAAGCAGCUCCUCAAGCCAAAAAGCCAGCUACACCCCAAUUUAAAUCUCCUCAGCCUGCUAAAAAAGAAUCAACAAAUGGGAAUACCUUAAAUAUUUCAGCUACCUUGAAAGCCUUGGACAUCUCAGGUGCCUUGAAAAGACUAACACCUUCCCCUUCACAGCCAGCAAAGGAUAAACUUGUAUCAAAGCAGCCAUCUCAAUCUCCCAAAAAAGAGAUGCCAAAAGGGAGGUCUUCAGACAUCUCUCUCAACUUGAAAAAAUUGGGACCUUCACCUUCUAUGCCAUCAAUGGAUAAAUUAACUCAAAACUCCCCACGAUCUCCAAGAAAAGAGCCAGCAAGUGGUUCGGAUACCUCACGAAGCUUGAAGGUAGUAACAUCGGCGCCUUCUAUGUCGGCAAUUGAUAAACUUAUGCCAAAAAAAUCAUUGUCUCCAAAGCAGCCUGUUAAAAAAGCAGAUCUUUCUGCGUCGCUGACAUCAAAAGCUACAACAUCAUCUAGCCCACAGUUAACUCCGUCUAGUCCUCAACAAGCACCACCUAGCCCUCAACAAGCCUCAUCUACUCCUCAGCAAGCUCCGCCAACCCCUCAGCCAGCUCAGCCUAGUCCUCAGCCAGGCCAGUCUACUCCUCAACCAGCUCAAUCUAGUCCUCAACCUCCACCUAGUCCUCUGCUUACACCAACCACACCUCAGUCAGCUCAGCCGAGCAUGCCUCAGCAAAGAAUAAGUGAAGAUCCUCAGACGAAAUUUGAUUCAAUGGCUUUGCCUCUUUCAGCUCCUGUUGCCUAUAGACUGUUUAAGUAUUUUUUAAGUACUUUUGAACAUACAGAGAUUUUAGAAUACAAUUGUAGCACUGUUAAAAUUAUUUAGACUUCCCUAACGCUUCCCCGCUUGCUCAGCAGUUAGCGUUUUAAUGAUAUCGCGUGCUGGACGAGGGUCUUCACUCGCUGCCAGGUAUUCGGUAGAGAUAUAUUGCUUACUGCCCUUUUAAUUGGAGCCCAAAUACUAUAAAUUUUUUAAAAAUAAAAUUAGUCUAUUCAGAGUUCUAACUGCUUAAAUGACAAUGGCUUUCACUCUCCAUUAGUAUGGUUCAAAGCUAUUUAUAGAGAAAUUAUUAGUUUCACGUCUGAAAUUUCUUAUUAAAAUUAAAUUUUUGUUCCACUUUAAAGGUUGAUAGAAUUUUUAUUGAUAUUUUAUUUCAAUUUAAAGGGAGGAGUUAGGACUAAAAUGCCAAAAACUUCAAACUUAUGGAGUAAGCUUUAAUAACGGCUUCGAUGAUGAAAACGGUGACUAUAAUGUUGUUAUAGGAGAUCACCUUGGAUAUCGAUAUGAAGUAAUCGAAAUACUUGGCAAAGGAUCAUUUGGCCAGGUAGUAAAAGUCUUUGACAAUAAACUGAAAGAGUUUUUAGCAAUGAAAAUUAUUAGAAAUAAGGUAAAAUUCACAAAACAAGCAGAAGAUGAGGUAAGGAUAUUAAAGCUUGUCAGAGACAAUGAUCCAAAAGACAGCUAUAAUGUGGUUCACAUGAAAGAUUUUUUCAUGUUUCGUAAGCAUUUAUGCAUGGGCUUCGAAGUCCUCAGCUCCAAUUUAUAUGACUUGCUCAAAACUGCCAAUUUCGGUGGUGUAAAUAUUUCAAUUGUUAGAAAAAUUGGCUUUCAAAUUGUGCAGGCUUUGAAAUUGCUUAAAACUUUAGAUCUGAUCCACUGCGAUUUAAAGCCAGAAAAUAUCCUUCUUAAACCUGAUGGGUCAAAUGAUAUAAAAUUAAUUGACUUUGGCUCUGCAUGCUUUGUCAAUGGCAAAGUAUUCACUUAUAUACAAAGUCGCUUUUAUCGAGCGCCAGAAAUUGUUUUAGGUGUUGAUUAUAAUGAAGCCAUUGAUAUUUGGUCUUUGGGCUGCAUUAUCUUUGAACUUUAUACAGGAUAUCCGCUCUUCCCUGGCGAAAAUGAGACCGAUUUACUACUUUGUAUGAUGGAAGUCCUUGGAAUUCCUCCAGAAAAGUUUUUGGAAAAAGCAUCCAGGAAAAGAAUGUUCUUCGAUGCAAGAAAUGCUCCGAGAAUUGUGCCGAAUAGCAGAGGGAAGAAAAGAAACCCAGGAAGCAAGAGUAUACCAGAACUUCUUGCUGGAGCUGAGCCACAUUUUAUUAAUUUCGUUGAAAGUAAGCGUUAUUUUAGGAUGUUUAACGUGGUACCCAAAUAAUAGACUAACUGUCGAUGAAGCUGUAUCGCAUCCUUUUUUCAAAGAGCCUAUUAAGAGAGUAAGGAGCCAGCGGCCUAACCCGAAUAACCUCAAUCACAAUAGAAAGACUAGCCUUGGCGAUCAUAAUCCAGCACCAGCUUUAAAGUAUAACCCGCUCUUCCCAAAAAAUACUCCACAUACCACAAAAGCUGCAGAUAAAGGAUUUACCUUUAAUUAA